AUCUGUUCCAGGAACUAGUCAAAUUAAAAAUACCAAAAUUGAGAAAUAUACUAAAUUCCUUAAGUAUGCCCGUUUCAAUAUGCUCACAAAAACAGUUGUUUUUAUUGUUGCACAAUGCGGCAACCGGUAAUCAGAUCAGGAAAUUUAUUAAUUAAACGGUUUCUACAGACAAACAAUGCAGUGCAACUCGCCAAGCAACAGCCCAACAACCUUAAAGGUAGAAGCAAAAGUUCCCAGGAUUGGUUAACGCGGCAGUUGGCCGAUCCGUAUGUGGAAAAGGCGCGCAUGUUAAAUUUUCGCUGUCGCAGCGCAUUCAAGCUUCUUGAAAUAGACGAUAAAUAUAAAAUUCUUAAGCCCGGCGAUGUAGUCUUGGAUUGUGGUGCUGCUCCAGGCAGUUGGACACAAGUGGCUGCCGAGCGAACCAACGCAAAUGGCAAAAACGACCGUCUGCCAAAGGGUUCUGUAUAUAGCAUAGAUAUUCUUCAUUUUCAUGCAGUACCAGGAGCGACUAUCUUUGGUGGAAUGGAUUUUACUAACUCUUUUGCUCAGCAACGUCUACGGGAGUCGCUAGCAGGUCGCUCAGUCAACUGCGUACUAUCGGACAUGGCACCGAAUGCAACGGGCGUGCGUAUGCUUGACCAGGAGAGCAUUACAAAUCUAUGCUACGAAGUCCUCAAGUUUGCUCUAGCAAUGUCAGCACCACAAGCUAAUUUGGUUGUCAAAAUCUGGGAUAAUGGCGAUGUACCCAAAUUGGAACAGGAUAUGUUGUUCUUUUACGAAAAAGUUAAACGUGUAAAGCCACGCGCCAGUCGCGGCGACUCUGCGGAGCACUUCUUACUGGCACGUGGAUUUAAAGGGCUACCACCCAUGCCAACAUAGUUCUAUUUAGAUUUAAUACUUUUAUGCAAUUGUAAAAAUAAGAUAAGCUAUAAUAUUCGUUACAUUUUUUAUAGUUGCAAAUACAC